AGUUGUCGUUAGCGGAAACGAGGCUGUUAGCUUCAGGAAAUCAGUUGGUGGAAAAGGUUUCCUUUCUGUGUCAAAGCUGUCAGCACACACUCUCAAACUGCAGCCAAUGGACCCUGGGAUUGUACUAUUUCAUCUGCGGUUCGUCCAUCGAUAGCACGCCCGGGUGCAGAAGCGCCGGGCCGGGCCGGAACCAGAACCAGAACCAGGCCCGGACAGACGGACGUAACCAACGCUGCGUUUUGCGACACCGGCGGACUGGUGUGUGUGUGUGGUUUAGCUGCUACGUUAGCCUCCACCGGCCCCAUGAAAGAGUACAAAGUGGUCGUGUUGGGCAGCGGCGGCGUCGGGAAGUCCGCGCUGACCGUCCAGUUCGUCACCGGCACCUUCAUCGAGAAAUACGACCCGACCAUCGAGGACUUCUACCGAAAGGAGAUCGAGGUGGACUCGUCGCCCUCCGUGCUGGAGAUCCUGGACACGGCGGGGACGGAGCAGUUCGCCUCCAUGAGAGACCUGUACAUCAAGAACGGGCAGGGCUUCAUCCUGGUCUACAGCCUGGUGAACCAGCAGAGCUUCCAGGACAUCAGACCAAUGCGAGACCAAAUAGUGCGAGUGAAGCGCUUCGAGAAGGUGCCGCUGAUCCUGGUCGGGAACAAAGUGGACCUGGAAUCUGAGCGUGAGGUCGCCGGGUCGGAUGGACGAGCUCUGGCUCAAGAGUGGGGCUGCCCUUUUAUUGAAACCUCUGCCAAGAGCAAGACUAUGGUGGACGAGCUGUUUGCAGAGAUCGUCCGACAGAUGAAUUAUUCCACGCUGCCGGAGAAGCAGGAACAGUGCUGCACAGCCUGUGUGGUACAGUGAGGAGAGAGAUACAUCAUUUGUCUGGAUCACCACAAGGACUUUGAUGAACCAGGGGGACAACACGACUUUUGAUCCUACUGACACAAACUUACCACUGCUGGUAACAACGUUCUGUUCGAGGUGGUUUCUGACCGUCUGUCACAGAUCAUCUGACAGGAAAGACGUCGGCCCUAUUUUUGAUAUCAUAACCGUUCAAAGACGUUUCUGCUGCAACCUUAACGGCCUUUGCAAUGACCCAGGACGGAGUCAACAAACAGACUUGUAAUGAGCGAAAACGGCCAUCUGUGAAUUUCAGUCUUUUAUUUUCCCCCCUUUUAGUCGGAAGUAUCUCUGAAAUAAUAAGCAGGAGUGUUUGUGAAGUUGCAGCUUCUUUUUAAAGCUGCUUUAAUCACUAUUAUAUACUUUAUUAUUACUUGUAUUAUGUCUAAAGUUUGGAAUUUGACAAAGUAUUUCAUAUUAUUGAAACAUUUUGACUUUUAAGCAUGCAUACUUCAACCAGUUGGCUGCCCAGGUAUACUGCUCGCUUUAUUUUGAAAAUCUUGUCUAAAAUAGUUCUCCUAAGUGACACAAACCGCAGAGUGUGUGCUACAGUUUGACCUUUUUUAGCUUCAGGAAACUUAGACAGGAUGUACCACUAUGUGGAUUAAACCGGCACCAUUUUCAUCAAGGGACGGUCACCUUAUCCGCCAGUCCACGCCGCCGCCGCCGCCGCCCCGUGGUUCAAACAUUCAGCUUUUUAUCAUCGCAGUAGCCUGAAGCAGCUAAACUCAUCUGAAAACAUGCAUGCUCAAAAUUGAAAAUGUUCUACUAAAUCAACUUGAAGUGAUAAGAAAGAGCCAUUUUACUGUUUUUAGCCGGAAUUCUGUCAGUCUUUACAAGGCAUGAAUCACAUGGACGCAGGUCUUCCAUUUUGAGUUUCCUCGAGGAGUCUCUGUGGGAGAAUGAUUUUGGAACGACCAAAGGAAGCUCACAGUGCAUAUUUGUGUUUGACUACAUGACGUGUGUCGCUUUAAAUUCAGGAGACGCUGAUUUCUUGUCAUCAAAUAACUUGCUGCAUUGUGGUUUGAUAAAAGUUCUGGCACAGUUAAUCAGAUUUAACUUUGUAUUUUUCUUUUUCUUAUAGUAACCUAUUUAUUAAAAACUAAUGACAUGGGUAGCCAGUUUUAAACAUUUAAUUUUAUACUAGUUUUUGCUUUUUGUGACUUUUCAGGAUAUAUGGUACAUUGUUCUUUUGGGUUUUUGUUUUUUGAAGCUGAGGAUUUAACAGAGCCUUAAAUAAUUUCUGUUGCA